UCUUUUUCCCAUUAGUGUAAAACCAAAAUAAUAAAAAUAAAAAUAAAAAUCGUUUCUUUUUCUGGGCUUAAACGUCCGUCGGGAAAUUGAGCCCUCUGCAUUUCACCGAUCGCCGGCGAAGCUCGUUCCUUCUGUUCUUGGGUUCUCUGGAUUCUCCCAAGUCUCCUCCAGUAAGUUCAAGUUCUCAGAGUUUUGACAGAAUCAGAACAUAGAUAAGCAUGUAGAUUUGGGUACAACAGACAUCAUGAACUCUGUGGCACACCCGGGUCAAGAAAGUAGUUUUGUUCAGGAGGGAGAUCUUGCUUUAGCCCCAUUCACCUCCAAUCAUGUUGCAACUCAGCAGCCUGUUAAAAAACCAACACGGCAAUGGGCUGCUUGGACACAUCAAGAAGAGCAAAGUUUCUUUUCAGCACUACGACAAGUUGGCAAGAAUUUUGAAAAAAUCACUUGCCGUGUUCAAAGUAAAAACAAGGAUCAGGUCAGGCAUUAUUACUAUCGUCUUGUGAGGCGUAUGAACAAGCUUCUGGGUCCGGGAUUAUAUUUGGAUUCCCGAAACUCUAAGGAUACUAAUGCUGCUAUGCUUAGAUGGUGGUCUUUGUUGGAAAAGUAUAGCUGUAAAGCAUCAAAGCUUCACUUGAAGCCCCGACGAUUCAAGAUUUUUAUGGAAGCAUUGGAACACCAACUCCUGAAAGACCGGAAGAAGACUGUCAGGAAGCGGCCUUCUCAGGGGGAAAACUGCCCUCCUGAGGCUCCUAAUACUUCUCCGAAUCAGAGUAGACCACCUGUACAUGACCGUCCAGUUAAACUUGUUCUUGUUGAGAGUCACAAUAUUCAGAAAUCAGGACCUGGGAAAGCAUCAUUAAAGCGAAGUGGAAGCAUAGGUGUUAAUCGUGGCAACAAAGGAGAUGCCAGUACCAUGAAAUCUGCUAGACAACGGCGUAAACCAGCAGAUGUACUUCCAUCAACAGCAGCAUUUAAAAAGUGGGAGAAGGCUGCAAUUGCUGGCGUUUCUUUGGUUGCUGAUGCUGCUGAGCAGUUGGAGCGAACAAUUGACAAAGAGGUUGGACAAGACAAAAGCAGUGCAGAGAGAAGUAAUUCUGUUCCAGUUGGAAAUUUUCUCCCUUCUAUGCCCAAUUUUCCACAAACCAUUUAUGCAGAGCACAACAUACACAACUCUAUGAAACUCAAACUCCAGUUGUUCCCAGUUGAUGAUGGUACAAGAAGAGCCUUGGAAAUGGAUAAACAUAAUCCUCACUUGGAGCUCACGCUCCCACCUCGGAAAAAGAUAUCCUCAGUUAUGGAACACCUGAAUCGCAAAUGGGGCAGUUCAAGUGUAGCAUCAGGAGUGCUAAUGCUUUUCCCCAAUAGUGUCCAGCACGAUAGUCUAACAGGCUAUCUGAGAUGGACGCAAGACUCAAAUGUCAGUGCAGGAGAUGUAUAUGCAAUGAUUGGAAGCCCUGCAGUUUUCCGUUUAAGGUAUGGUUGGUUCUCCACCACUGAGUUGGGAUCUGUUUCGUCACAAGCAUCUUGUAGGAUUUUAGGUGAGCAUGAUAAUGGGGAGAAGAUGAAGGACCCUGUAAUGGAAUCAGCACUAACUUCUCCACCAUCAGCUACCAAUCAAUGUGGAGACAUCCACAAUGAUCUCUUAUCCUCAGUGACAGAGAAUCAUUCUCUUGCUCAGACUUCAGCAGUUGAGACCAAUCAGAAAGGUAACCUUGUGGGAGAGUCUACAAAAAGUACAUUAUGGCAUGAAAAGAUCGCAGGUGAUCAGGGUAUCUUAAGACAUCAAGGAGAAGUGGAUGGCCUGAGAUUACAUAAUAGCACUGCCCUUUCAGCCAAAGAGUGGGCUGAUACCCUAACCAACAUUAGUGUUGGAGAUCUUCUUACUGGUGUGCCUCAUGAUCUAGGUGCUAACUGCGUUGAUCAGCCUCUCACUGGAAGGUCCCAGUGUCUCUCGCAGAUCCCAUUUAGCUGUGAUUCAUUUGAUGCUGCAAUUGCUGCUCAUAUUUCUAGACAGAAAAACAAGAUGGGAUGUGAGCCUACUAUGGCAUCCCAUGUAUGUUCCAUUUGGGAUGCUGAAGAAACAUGUGAUGAGUUUGUCUUUCAAAAGAAUUCGGCUUUCUAUCAACAAUCUGCCAGUUCAUCUGGUGCUGGUCCUCCAAGGGACUGCAAACAGAUGGCUAGUACAAGCUUGGCAGGCUGUGAUCGUAUGGUUGAGGACCUAUCUGUAGUAGAGAGGCCCCUUUAUGAUCCUCAAGGAGAUCGUAUUGAUGAGUGCCAGUCUGAUCCACAUAAUUUAGAAAGUUCAGAGAAAGAUUUCGACGCUUUGGCAGAUAUAUACUGGCCUGAAUCAUUAGCACCAUUAGAUUUGGAGCUACGGGCAUCUAAAUACCAAAAUGAAGAACUUAUUCUGAAUGAUAGUCUCAGUGGGCUGAACCGCCUUAUUGCCAGCAGUCUGGAUGCAUUUCAAAAUUGCUCUUUCUUUGGUUCAAACAAGAAAGAACCAACGCCAUCAGUUGAAACUCGAGACACUAUUUCCUUCGCAGAUUUUAAAAUUGGCAAUGAAAUUUGAAAUCUGCAAGAGCUGGUAGUAGGGGGUUAGAUUUUUUCAUGCUGGGGCUUCAAUUGGAGUUCAGUGACUAUAACAUUUUCUCAGUUUAGCUCUGACCUAAGGAUCGCAUGCCAAAGGUGUCCAUGCUAGCCCGAGCGGAAUUUAGCUGGGUGUACAUUUUGCAGAUCCAACCAGACGUAGAUUUGUACAAAAUAGACAUGAAGUUACUCCGUUGCACUCUGCUCGCCUUUUCCUGUGUUUUAUGUUUUGUAAAUUGUAUCUCAUGGCGGAUGUAUGAUCUCUGCAACCUGACAGAUGAACUUGUUAAUGUUAUCUGUACAUUCCUUCC